CCCCCCAGCACUUUGGAGCGGAUUAGCCAACAACUUUCCAAUCAUCCCUCCCCACGACCAACCGCACCGCUCUACCCACUCUCCUGCACACCCAACGAAAACCGGCGGAUUUUUUUGGUUUCUUUGGAAGAAUCAGGAUGUUGAGGUCAAGAUGCGAUUUGUCUGCAACCGAUUUCCUGUGGCAUCUCUGCUGCUGCUGAUCGCUGCUACUGCUCCCCAACAAAUAUCCGCAACAUCCAUAACUGCGUCCACGAAACCGACGCCCUCGUCGAACCUCCCUGCCACCUGCGAGUUUCGAACGAUAAACUAUAUUACCGACUCGCUGCCGCGGUUGUGCUUUAGAUCAUCAUGGGGUGCGGAGGGUACUUCGACGAGAGUGGUGGCCGCGGAGACUGCCAGCGGUGAGGGCAUGGUUGUAGAUGCCGUUGUGACACCGGCUUCGAGUGCUACAAAGGGACCAGGAGAGGAGAAGGAAAAGAACGGUACCGAGGAUAAACAGGCUACGCCGAGUCCUUUGCAUACCUCUGUACCAGCUGCCAUACCAGCUUCUACGGAAUCAGGUGUGAUCGAAGACCUCGAAGCUAGCGAACUCAACGAGGCCUCGUUUUUGUCUUUUGAAGAGUGGAAGAAGCAGGCCUUGGAAAAGGCUGGACAGCAGAAUGCUCAAAUUGGUGGGCGAAAGGCAAAUCCGGCCGAGAAUAAACGAAGGGAUCCAGAUGGCUUGCAGAAUAGUCUUGGACCUUAUGGCGAAGAAGGGGAAAUCGAUAUCGAUUUUGGGGCAUUUCGAAAUAGCGGAGAUGGACAGGAGGAAUCAAAGGCGGCCGAAAGUCAGAGUACGCAGACUCCAGAAGUACAGCUUGUAGAGAAAAAGGAACGACGGAGAGAGCAUCGUAGUAAAGACGCAGGAAAAACUUGCAAGGAGCGGUUUUCCUAUGCCUCGUUUGAUGCGGGAGCUACGGUUGUGAAGACUCAUAAGGGAGCGAAGAACUCGAAGGCUGUGUUGAUUGAGAAUAAGGAUUCUUACAUGCUCUCGGAGUGUUCGAAAGAAAACAAGUUUAUCAUUAUUGAACUGUCGGUAUGCUAGAGCUGUAUCUCCCCUUUUAUACUUUGACUAACCCCCUUCUAGGAAGAUAUUUGGAUUGAUACCGUGGUCCUUGCGAAUUAUGAGUUCUUUUCUAGUAUGAUUCGAACCUUCCGUGUGACCGUUAGUGAUAAAUAUCCCCUUAAAACGGAAAAAUGGAGAGACAUCGGCGUCUACGAAGCACGAAAUUCUCGAGACAUCCAGGCGUUUCUAAUAGAAAACCCCCAGAUAUGGGCACGGUAUAUAAGAAUCGAAUUUCUUAGUCACUAUGGUAAUGAAUAUUACUGCCCUCUCUCGCUUGUGAGAGUACAUGGAACUCGAAUGUUGGAAAGUUGGAGGGAAUCAGAGGCCAUUGGAGAGGACGACGAUGCGGAAGAAGACAUUCCUGAAAUAGAAUUUGUACCCGAAGCCGUAGCCGAAGUUGUUCAAAAAGAGGAAAGACGUGUUGCAGAGAUGAGAGCUGUAGCACAAGAGAUGGUUGAGACUGCUCAUGCCUCUGCUAUUGCAAGACAUGACGCCGAGGAAAAGUUUCGUUUGGAAAAUGGUACUUCACCGUGGAUCCGAUACAAAUUUCCCGUAUCAAACUCGACAAAUACCCCUAUCAUGGACGAGAUUUGUCUUCCGGAACAAGCACCCAUACAGGAACCCUCAUCUAAAACACCACCAGCUGUUCCCGCCACUCCUGAGCCAUCGGCUGCAGACAGGAGUAUUACGAUGGAUGCCAGUAUUUUGACCGAAAGAUCCAUCACUCCAGAAUCUAGCUCGCUCAAAACCUCUACAACAAAGGUUCCGACUCCUGUAACCUCCAUUGCCACUCAUUUGAAUGUUACUGCAUCAUCUUCCGAUGCAGUGGUCGAGCCUCCGUCGCAGCAAGUAACUACACAACCGAGCAAGACGCAUGUAGCUACUUCCACCCAGAAAAAUAAGACAUCUAGUACUUCAUCCUCAUCCUCCUCUUUACCAACACAACAGGAGAGUUUCUUCAAGGCAGUCUCGAGGCGCCUCCAACUUCUGGAGACUAACUCCACCUUGUCGCUUAAGUAUAUCGAGGAGCAAUCCAGGAUCUUGAGAGAGGCUUUUUCCAAGGUUGAGAAGAAACAAACUCAGAAAUCAACGGUCUUUCUUGAUACCUUGAACAAUACCGUGCUCGCCGAAUUAAGAGGAUUUAGACAACAAUAUGACGAAAUCUGGCAGUCGACCAUCAUUUCCCUCGAAAGUCAGAGAGAAGAAUCCCGACGAGAGAUAUUUGCCAUCAGCGCCAGACUCAAUAUUUUGGCAGACGAGGUUGUAUUUCAAAAACGAAUGUCUAUAGUGCAGUCGGUUUUACUAUUGCUCUGCCUAGGCCUUGUGAUCUUCUCCAGGGUUUCUUCUAGUGGACAAGUCGAGAUACCCAACUUCUCAGCACGGUUUCUACGAAGCAUGGCAUCAGAAAGUCCCAUGCAAAGUCCCGCUUUUAGUCCCGUUUUUCCCAGAAUGGAUUCAAUGAGAAGUGAACGCUCUUGGGGCGCCGGCCCUGGCCCUAGUAGACCACAGUCUGGUGAGUAUGGGAUCUCUCGAUCACGAAGCAGAGACGGCACACAAACUCCAAUAUCCAACUACUCCCGUUCAGACUAUGACUACACACCCCCACCACCCGAAGAAAAUCCCCUCCAAAGCACUGAAUGCUCACCCGAGCCGCCGCGACCAGAACGUCUCGAACCGCCUCGAACCCACUCGUUCAUCCGACGAACAAACUCGGGGGGAUCGGGACAAAGCAGCCCCCGUUUCCAAUCAUAUACUCAAAGCCCUCCCAACAAGCGAUCACGUAAGCGAAGAGGCUCCAAGAAUUCCCUUCGGCAACUCGCUAGUCCUCCGGCAACAGAUAAUGAUCGAGCAUCUACGACAUCAAGAGAUACACCACCAGCACCUCUUGAUAUAGCAUGGGUCAACAGAUCACAAAUUGGUCUCGCACUCAGUUCACCCCCUCCAGAAGAAGAAGAAAGAGAUGAGGCAGUCGAAGAAAUACCGGGUCCUGCGAGUCCCACGCCCACGAGUACCUCCUUUCAUAUAGCCAGGAAACCACUUCCUGCACUUCCUCCUCAACCUUGAAUGUUGAUUGAAUAACGAUUACAACAUUCUUCGACCUGGACUUGGACUUGGACUUUGUAUGUGUGGGAUCGAAAUCGGCGCUGGGAUACUAAAAGUACUUACAUGAUUGACUGAUUGAUGAUUUCUUUCCUUUCUUUCUUCCUUUCUCUCUCUCCACCGACUUGGAUUUUUGCAUACGUGGCGGACGUCAUUGGGGUUUUCUCCCUCUCUCUCUCUUGUUUUCUUUUGUAUUGAUGGUCAUUUAGCGUGGAGUUUUUCUCCUUCUCUUUCUUGCUUCUUGGGUUUCUUCUUUGGUUUUCGGGAUUCGUGUUGCAUGAUGAGAUGGAUAAUACUAGGGUUUCGGGUUGGUUGGAUGGAUGGUUGGAUGGCGAUGGUAAUGAAGAAACGCCGCCCUACGAGAUUGAUGUCGGGCGAAUGGGAGGAGAGAUAUGAGAUGGUAUGAGAUGGGAUGGGUGGGAUGAGAUGAAUGGGUUAGUGGGUGGGUGAUAAGGUCGGGAAUUCAGUGAGUGAUACCAACAAUGAAAGAGAGAAAGAAAGAAUUACG